UGGCUAGCAGCUGUUUUUUCAUGCGCGCCGGCAACAAGCCAAUGAAAAUACCGUAAAACGUUUUAUCAAGCGACUAUUAUGAACGAUAUCAAGCGUUUGAAGGAUCAACAGCGCGAGAAGCACCCAGGAUUCGAUGGUUACAUCGAUUGCAUGACCCGUUCCCUUUUCACAGGACUCGCCACAUUUUGUUUGGGUUUUUCCGGCACCUAUUUCGCCCAAAAGAUCAUACAAUCCCGUAUUCGAUAUCCUGUUAAGUACAACAUACUGAUUUCAUCUUUGGUGGCCACCGGAGUAUCCUAUCAAACGACUUCUUCGCGCACGAAAUCCUGCCAAGCGGCGUGGAUGGCUUUUGAGGAAAAGCAUUCCGUGCUGAACGAGAAAACCUUUUAG